AUGGCCAUGCUCACGUUGAUGUCCUAUGACCGCUACGUGGCCAUCUGCCUUCCCCUGCACUAUGACGUCAUCAUGGACGUGAGAACCUGUGUCCAUGGGGUCACAGGCGUCUGGGUCAGUGGGGCCAUCUCUGGAGUCAUGCAUACGGCAGCUACUUUCUCCAUCCAUUUCUGUGGUCCCCAUAUCAUUCACCAGUUCUUCUGUAAUGUUCCCCAGAUCCUGAAACUCUCCUGCUCUAAUGACUAUAUCUAUGAGAUAGAUGUCACUGUCUUCCUGGCUUUCGCGGGGUUUCUUUGUAUCUCCUACAUAGGAUUCUCCUACAUGCACAUCUUUUAUUCUGUACUGAGGAUACCAUCCGCUGAGGGCAGAGCUAACGCCUUUUCCACUUGCCUCCCCCACCUCACUGUUGUCUUAUUAUUUAUUUCUACAGCUACCUGUGAGUAUUUAAAAUCUCAUUCGGACACUCCAACUGUGUCAGACAUUUUACUCACUAUUAUGUAUACAGUCGUUCCACCAACAUUCAAUCCAAUGAUCUACAGCCUCAGAAAUAAAGCUGUUAAGUCAGCUGUAAGAAAAGUUUUUAAGAGGAAUAUAGUAUAUCUGUGUUGA